AUGGCCAGUCACGAAGCCCACCUGUCAUGGGGCCCCAUCAAAUCCCUCUCCCCGAGCCUGCAAGAAGUCAAAGACGCCGUGGAAGCCAACGCCAAGAAACGCUUCACCCUGAGGCCCGCUGACCCUUGGGCGCCUGAACCUUCCUCUGCGGCGGGAUACCUGAUCCGCGCCAACCAGGGGCACUCCCUCAAGGUUGAUGAGGCGGCCUUGUUCAGGCCGAUCCUGCUGGGGGACGCCGACUUCCCGGGCAAAGUGGUCCACGGGACCUACUUUGCCUUCUGGAAGGCGAUUCUCGAGUCGGGCGGGCUGAAGCCCAUGAGCAGAGGGCACAUUCACUGCUCGGACAGGACGCCCGAGGAAGGGGCUGUCAGUGGGAUGAGGAGAGAUGCGGAGCUGUUGGUUGAGAUUGAUAUCGAGGCGAGUCUGAGGGACGGCGUGACCUGGUGGAGGAGCGACAAUGGGGUGAUUUUGACGGAUGGCGGGGAGGGAGGGGUCCUGGGGACCAAGUAUUUCAAGAUGGUGACGAGUAGGACUGCUGAUCUGGGCGUUUUGUGGGAGGACGGAGUCAAGGUUGCCGAUUUGCCAGCAGGUCUGAAGUUUAGAGCACCAGGGGGGAAGAGAGGAGGUGGCGGCGGCGGCGGCGGCGGGAGACAUACGAGGUCAUGA